AAAUCAAACCCAAAACGAUUUUGGAAUUAUGUUAACUCAACGAGAAAAGUGAGAACAGGGAUAUCCGACCUCAUGGGACUAAACGGAGAUGAUCAACACAUGGCAGUCAAGGACAGCGAUAAAGCCGAGGUCUUAGCUAAGUUUUUCAGCAGUGUUUUUACGAAAGAACCAUCUGGAGACCUACCGGAAUUUAAUACUAGAGCUGUAAAUCACCCUUUUGAGGAGAUAAUUUGUAAUCCAUUAGUCGUUGAAAAGAUUUUAGCAAAUUUAAAUGAAAAUAAAUCGCAGGGGCCAGACAAAAUUCACCCGAAAGUUCUUAAGGAAUUGAAACAUUUUAUCAGUACACCCUUAGCCGAGAUUUUCAACCGGUCAUUGGAAGAUGGAAAACUACCUCAAGAAUGGAAAGAAGCUAACAUCACUGCCAUAUACAAGAAAGGAUCGAAGUCGGACCCUAGAGAAGUUAGUUAGAAACAGUAUAGUUAAUCACAUGGAUAAGAAUAAUCUUUUAAGCUCUAAACAAUUUGGAUUUAUCUCGGGG